AUGACGUCCGGCGACCAUCGGCCCCGACCGAUCGGCCCGACAAGUUGUCCGACAGCCACGAGACGCACACUGCACUCGUCGUCGUCGGCCGUGAGGAAAGUCGACGACGGCGUCUCCGUGUGGGGCGUAACCGUCCGGUCCAACUGUCAGAUCGCUCUGCCCGUCUUCGGCACGCUGUUCCUGUUCGCCGGCAUAGUGCUCACAGUGAUAUCUUAUGGCUGGGUAACUGGAGGUGGCGAAGACGACUCGAAACGCAAGUUCUACUCGAAGUCUGACAACGGGCGAAUAUUGGGACCUAUAUGUUUGGUCAUGUCGAUCGUAAUGUUCAUUGCUACAGCAGUACUCCGGACAAUCAGUACAAAAGCCCGUUUCCGGCAAACUCGCGUUGGAUUCCACUGUCCAGUCCACGGUGACUUCUUUCCAAUCAGUCCCGGACCCGAUCCGAGAAAAUUCUCCUUUUCUACGGAAAACCUUGCCGAAGACCCGUGGACAUGCAACUGUUUGAAUCGAUCGACCGCAGACUCGCAGGAAACAUUGGCCGUCGAAGACUCGCCCCCGCAAUGUCCACACAACGGAGCGCACGGAAGUACCACCAGAAGUCCGAGUCCCGUGUCCACUUGUCCGACGCCAAAACCGUUUUUGAUAUUCACUGAUUCCGCACAUGGUGCUUGCAAGGAACUUUACAGCGGAAACACUUUAUUCCCGGACGAACCGUUCGGAUCGAUUCGAUCUCUGUCGGUUCCCAACGACAACCUGACUGUGGCGUGUUUUCCCGUCGAACGAUCGUCCGGACAGUAUUUGAACGUGCCCGAAGAUGCUUGGUCCCACAAGAGAUUGAGUUGCCCGAGUCUGCCAUCGGCGGGAGACGAAUUUCCGCAGCCUGUUCACAAGCCUCUAACUCCACAGGUUGUAAAGGUGACGCGCGAAAUUAAAUUCGUCACGCCUAUAGACAAGAACCCAUGA